AUGGUCUAUUUAUCUCUCUUCGAUUCAGUCAGAGCAAGCUCAGGUGAGAUUGAUGUUGAUGUUUCUGUAACAGGAACGGUGCUCCGCUACGUCGAUUUCGCGCCAUCCAAAGAUCCUUACAUGCAUCGUACCGAGUCCAUUGACUAUGGCGUCGUCUUGGAAGGUGUCCUAGAACUCAUCCUCGACUCGGGGGAGACACGGAUCAUGAAGAGGGGAGAUGUAUGCGUCCAGAGGGGUACGAUGCAUGCUUGGAAGAACAUCACGGAGAAUGACGGAUGGGCUAGGAUGUUGUUUACCCUUAUCUCUGCGGAGAAGGUUGUUGUUGGGGGGCAAGGAUUGGGUGAGGAUUUGCCCGCCAUGACUGGUGAUAAAGAGCCCGGAAAUAAUUGA